UAUAGUUUAGUGCGGAUCAUUUGACCCGCGAAGUUUCAAGUACCUAUAUAUUUGUUGGUGCCCUAAUAUUUUUGCAUUUACGAACUGUUUUUAUUUGAGAAAACUAUAUAAUGAAACAAGUUUGAUGUAGAGACUUUCCGUUUAACAAUAUUUGUGUCACAAUAAAAAUUUGUGACCAACUGACAGAUAACCUAACAAGGAGAAUUACAUCAAUAGUGUAAAUAUUGUUUGUAUCUGGAUUUUUCUAAGUGAACAUGCAUCUGUUAAUUCAAGCAAGCCCUUUGAUAGAUAAGUUGAAGCACUGGCGACAAGUUAUAAGCUUCAAUGAAGUUCAAUUAACAACCUCCCAAAAGGUAGUACUAUGGAGUAUUGGAGUGGUGGGUACCAGUGCUGUAGUUGUCGGAGUCCUGUCUAGAUACUUAGCCAGACGCAGAGCAAAACCAAUGUUAAAUCCCCGUAUCCAAAGAGCUAUCAAUAAGAGAAUUUCACGAAUGAGAAGUCCUAAUGGAGGCAUGGGUUCAGUGGCAAGUAGUGGGGGUCGAAGUAGUCCCCUUGGAUUUAGCGAGAGGCUGUCAUUGGCUUCGGAAUCUAUCGGUUCUGGAGCUGGGGAUGCUGCGCCACUAUCACCACAGCAGCUUGGGGUCAUGGGUAUGGAGGCGCUAGAAACGAGUAUAAAUUACUGGGAGGACGCGCUGGCCGCGUUCUCGCUAGGCGCGCGCGGCGGCGUGUCGGGCACGCUGGCGCUCACGUCACCAGAAGAAGCGGAAUUUUGUCGCGAGAUACAGGACUUGCUGCAGAAUGCCUAUUUAUUACAGGAGCGUUGCGAGCUACUCUUCCUCGACCAGCGGUCAGUGCUGUUCCGUUCAGAAAGCGGCGGUGCGGAGGCGGCCCCCAAGCCGGGGCGGCGCUCGCGGCUGCUCUCCACACACACCGGCUCUUCACACACGCGGAGGGAACACCACUCCAGCGCAGAGUCUUUCGCCUCCGCUGAAGACCAGGUAGCAGACUUAAGAGAAUUUGAUGACUUCACAGAAAUACUUCCAGAAUUAGAUAAUUUGGAAUUGUAUCAAAUGGCCGUCAAACAGCUAGAAUCAGGGAUACCUUGUAGAACUCUCCGCACGGACGUAGUACAAUGCACUUCUGACAGCGAAUUCCUGUGCAAAUUGCAUUGCUUGCGGCUCGCGUUCACGGCGGUGUUCAAAGACGCCGCCGUGUGGGCCUGGUUCGUAGACGCUGGAAGACAGGUGCUCACAGACCUUCUACUGUUUGCUGACAAGGAACCAAAGGAAUUCUUAGUUGCAUAUGAAGAAAUGGUGUCGUGGGCGACAGAUAUCGCUAAUUGGCCUACAAUUGAAAAAGAGCUUUACAGUAAAGGAGUCAAGGCGCUGACGUUCUACGACGUGGUGCUGGACUACAUCCUGCUGGACGCCUUCGAGGACCUCGCGGCGCCGCCCUCGUCCGUGCUGGCCGUCGUGCGCAACCGCUGGCUCUCCGACGGCUUCAAGGAGAGCGCUCUCACAACAGCUGUCUGGUCCGUCAUAAAAGCUAAAAGAAGAUAUCUUCAAUAUCCCGACGGAUUCAUGGCACACUUCUACUCAAUAUCGGAGCACCUUCUUCCCGUGCUAGUGUGGGGCUUCCUCGGUCCCCGGGAGCGACUUCGCGACGUGUGCCAAACAUUCCAAUCGGAAAUAGUGGGCUUCAUCACAGACCUCUUUAGUUUCCAAAAGUGCCGUUAUACUAAUGUCGAGGAUCUCUCCGUAGAUAUAAUGCAACAUGCGAAAUCGAGAGCUGCCAAUAUAACAGAUAAAUUAGCAGAAAGAAAUUAACAUUCUAUAAAUUAAGCUAAAGUGUACUUGUCUUUGUCUCAAAUCAAGUUGCAAGAUUUUUUCUGGAUGUAUGGUCGACGUCAAAAGUAGUUCAACAGGAGCAUGUUUGAAUUAGUUCGACGUACCUUCUCUGAUCUUAUCCCUCAAUGCAUCUGAUCGGCUGUGUCUUAAAGCUUAUAUCGUCGCCUGUAGGUACUAAGGGCUCACAUUCCUGAAGAGCGCAUUUCGAUUAUUUGGAUCCAAACCAAAUAAUAUAGUUUGUUAUGCAAUAAUAUGCGUAUGAAUAUUAUAGUAUUAUAUAUUUUCGCCAAAUGCAAUAGUAACUAUGCAACAUGUGUACAAGCCUUAGAACAAGUAACGUUUUAACGCUGUAAUGUUUAGCUGAUAUUAUGAUUCAUGUAGCAAAUAUACGUACGUAAAAAUCAAAUGAUCUAAUUUUACAGCAUUUUUGUACAUUACACUAGCUCUUAUGCAAUUGCAUUCCAUUUUGAUCCAAUGAUUACAAGAAUGUAUUUUUUUAAUAUUGCCGUUAUAUCCCCCCAUUCGAAUACAAUCAAGUUAUUUAUAUUAACAAAAUUGUUGUA